CCCUUGUACUCGUCCUUGUCCUCGUCCUGGUCCUUCGUCCUCGGCGGCUCCUCCGCGGCCUCGCCCGGAGCCCCGGCCCCGCGGUGGGUAUUCCGGGCCUCUUCCCGGGCCUCAGUUUCCCCCGGCGUAAAAUGAGGAGCGCGCUUGGCUGCGUGACCCCGGGCUAGUGACUGCACCUCUCUGGGCUCACGGAGGGAGCCUCCACACUGGAAGGACCGGCAUUGGCCAGACGCCCCUCCUCUUCCCUCCCAAGCCCCAUCGAAGCCCGGCCGCCCCUGCCCCCUCCUGGCUGGGGGACCCCGGACAAGGCUACACAGCUGGAGGGCGCCUCCACGCUGGGAGGACCCAAUGUCGGUGAAAUCGCAGGUUCCCCUCCCCCCAAAGAUGAAAGGACUUCUGGGGAGAAAACUGAUUUUGGAAAAAGAAAACUGUAGAGAUGAACAGUUUAAGAUUUCUUCUGUAGAUCUGGAAGACCAGCCCCUACUUGGUGGGAUUUCAAGCACGGAAGAUGAAAUUGUGAUGGAGAUUUUUAGCCAAGACAGUCAAUUCAUUUCUGACAAUAUUAACCUGAAAAGCACCGUGAUCAGUAAACACGAAGAGGAUGAAGACUUCCAUUCCUUUAAAGAUGCCUACUUCUCUGUGGCCGACCCCCGGGAGACACUGCUGCCCUCCUUCAAUGCCCCCCUCAAUGCAGAGUGCAGCAGUAAAGUCAAGGUCGAACACCUGGCUGACGAGAAUAAUGAGGAUGAGAUUCUCCAAGACUAUUCGGGGCUGCCUGAGCUCACCCCUUUAGAAGAGGCCAUGCUGCCCUCCCCGACCCAGCUGCAGUCACACACCUACAAUGUCCACUUCCUGUCUUCCUUAAGGCCUCAGCACAGGAACCCCCCCAGUGUCCUGCCCCUGGGAGCCUGGGCUGCCCGGGAAGGAGUGGUUCAUCACAACGUCCAAGUGAUUCCAGUGGAGAUAAGGGAAGCAGUUGGUGCCAUUACUGCUACCAACCAGGAAGAGGGAGUUUUUCAGAAUGUGCAUGCCCCGGAGGGCUGCUGCAAGUUCCCACCCUCACAAGAACCCAUGGAGAACUCCAGCUGUUCACUUAAGAAGGAAUCUAACCCAAUGGUAAUAUGUCAACUGAAAGGGGGCACUCAAAUGCUGUGCAUCAACACUUCAGGCAGCAGGGAGCUCAAAGCUGUUCACCUGGCUCCUCAGUAUCAAGAACAAGACGAUCACGUGCAGCCAGAUGUGCCUAAACCUUUGACUACUUUAGUUGGAAGAUUUCUGCCAGUACCAGCUAAAUUAAAUCUUAUCACACAACUUGAUAACGGCACCUUCUCAUCUGUAGUUAACGGAACCACCUUUCCUUCAGGACCCAGUCUUCAAGAGCCAGCAAAAAUAACACUAGCUGGAGUAACUCUUAGUUCAUGGGACUCAAAGUCUAAAAAGCCAUGUAACUGUACCAAGUCCCAGUGUCUGAAAUUGUACUGCGACUGCUUUGCCAACGGCGACUUUUGCAACAACUGCAACUGCAACAACUGUUAUAACAAUUUGCGCCACGAGAUGGAGCGGUUUAAAGCCAUUAAGGCCUGUCUUGAUAGAAAUCCAGAAGCCUUCCAACCCAAGAUUGGGAAAGGAAAACUAGGGGAUAUUAAGCCUCGCCAUAACAAAGGGUGUAAUUGCAAGAGGUCAGGCUGUCUUAAGAAUUACUGUGAGUGCUAUGAGGCCAAAAUUAUGUGUUCUUCCAUUUGCAAAUGUAUUGGUUGCAAAAAUUAUGAAGAGAGCCCUGAACGAAAAACCCUCCUGAACAUGCCCAACUUUGUGGAGAUUGGGGGGUCUGAAGGCAGCCAUAUUUUUUCGCCAUCCACGUUAGCAGUGUUGCCGAAGUUGAGGAAGGACAGGCCACCUUACACGUGCAUCUCCUGGGAAGUGGUGGAAGCGACUUGUGCCUGCCUGCUGGCCCAAGGGGAAGAGGCCGAGAAGGAGCAUUACUCAGCGUGUGUGGCCGAGCAGAUGAUCCUGGAGGAGUUUGGGAGGUGUUUAUCCCAGAUUCUUCAUACCGAAUUCAAAUCCAAAGGGUUGAAAGUCGAGUAGACUGGGGCAUCCUAUCAUGCGGAGGUCUCUGCCAUGACAAUGUUCAGAGUGGAAUCUGUGUCUUAGUAUUUGUAGGAAAUGUGCUGGCAAGGUCUGGUUCAGAUCUGCAUCCAUGACUGUAGGAAACUGUUUACUGAGUCUCUGGAGGACAGAGCAGCAGCUAAACGUCUCUUCAACAAAUGUCUCCAUAAUGCCGUUAUGUGGGGGAGGGGGGUGGGGAUUCCUGUAACCUAUGAUGGCCCUUUGGAUUGGGAAAUCACCCAUGAGAAGCCUGGCAAGUAGAGGGAUGGCCUUGAGUGGGGGGGGAGACCAAAACCAAGGUUGGCUCCAGUUCUCCCAAUCUCACCCUCUCCAGAGAAUCCCCUACAGACAGAUGCUGCCCUGCCUUGACAACCUUAGGCAACGGUCUUCUCUUUGAAAGUUCUUUGGAAGUGCAUUUCUCACCUGGGCAGUUAUGCUACUGCUACCAUUGCUGAAGGAUUGUCAGACUUGAAUCCCCUGAGAAUGUUGAGAGUGUAGGUGGUCCCCUGGAGUCACCUAAUUAGCUGAUUCAUUCUAAGAGUUUAAAAACCAAACCAAACCCAGUGUAAGUAGCAGCAUCGGUAGGCUGUGGCCCUUGGGGGGUUUCUCUUGAACUGUGGAGAGGACCCCUAUUCCAAUGAACCCCUGCAUUGUUAGUGCUGCGCGUUACUGUUAUUACUAUUGUUUAUAAAACCUACCUUAAAAAGGUGGCCCCACACUGACAUGCAGACAGGUUUGAUUAGCACCCACAAGUGUUGGAAAGGUCUCAAACAUCCCCACCUUGCAUCAGAAUCACUCCCCUCUGUCAGAUAGCGGUGCUUAGUGACAGCAGCUGCUCCUAGAACAGUUUGUUUGCCCAAUAAAGUGACGGACUUUUAGGGAGAGCCUGGUUAAAUGAGUGAUGUUCAAAAUACUCUAUUCGUGUGGAUACAGAAGCAGAUGAAUUGGUCAUUACAGGAAGGGCUGGCUCUUUGUUCCACAGCAUGUCUUAACCCUCCAUCAGGGAGAAGAGCAAAGCUUAGUCUCUGUGGAGAGAUUCCUUAAGGGGAGACAGGGAACACUUAGUCCUCUCCCUGCUCCAAUCCCCACAUAGUGUUUGGGGGACUGGAGCCUUCAGGAGAAGGCCAGGAGGCAGGGGAGGGGAGGAGGAGGGGUCCAAAUGAGCAGGACCUCCACACCUGAGCCCUUCUGGGCUCCCUAUGGACCCUGACGAGGGGGGAGGCGCCCAGGCACAUCCUCUGCAUUUACUGCCUGAAGAAAAGGGCCACCUUGAAAGAGCAGUGUAGGGCCACGUGUGGCAAGAUGGCAGGGGAAGAGGAGGACACAGCUCUCUGAAGGAAGCCUUGAGCCCGACAAAAGUCCACUGCAACCUUGGCUGCAGAGUCCUUUAAAGUCCAAAGCCAGGGAGGAAGGGGAGGCCAGGCCAGACCAGGGCAGGUCAGGUUCUAAGGAUUUCUCCAGACAUGUGCCCUCCACAGGGUUUCCUUAAAGCACACUUAGGGACUUCAUCCCCUGCACACAGCAGAGCGCUGGUUGUGAUGCCAGCAGUAGCCAGGAGUCCCUCAGUCAAAGCUGGAAAAUCUGAGAAUGCCUAAAUGCCAGCUGUCUUCCUCUACCUCAGAGAGGGCACCCUCCUGCCAGACCUCUCCAGAAAGAGAGAACCUGGUUGAAUCAAUACAGGGAAAGAGCCAGUAAUGUACCACCUUAUUUUAAAAUUAAAAUCUCUUUAAGUACAAAUGUAUAUGUAACACUACAGUAAUGACUGCAAUUAAUGUCUAGGAUGACCACAAACUAUACAAUUAUACUUCUUUUUAUUUUCAAUGGGGAAAACUGAUAGUUGUUAUUUAAAACUACAAAUAUCCUGCCCUUACCUCAUGCUAUGGUCAAGCGUCUUUCUCACUAGCUAUCAGAAAGCAUGGAUGAUAUAAACCCAGGACCUGGGAUCGUGAAGAAGCCAGGACCCCCCACUUCAGAAGCAGCACAGUCCAGCCAGUCUUUUCAGAACUGGGCAGGGCUUUUAGAAAGCACCGAGAUGAACACUGAAAAGCUUCGCCUCCAUCCCUCCCUCUUUGGGCAAACAUCUCACUCGUUACUGGAAGCCUGGAGCGAAAGGCAGCAGGUGACUGGGACUGGCCGACUUUGGUGGUUCUGCCCUGCUCAGCCUUGGCACCAUUUGCCCUUUCGUUCUCCUGUGAAAGGGGCUGCCAUGAGCAUGGGUGAUGGAUGCAAGUAUAGCUGGCAUGAGGUUUGGAGUCCAGGGCCAUCUCUCCCCAUGUACAUUCUUGCUUGCUUAUCUCUGCAUCUAGUUUUACUUAACCAGGUAACCCCCGAUAUCUUAGUCCUAAAGGAGAAAGAGCUGAGGAGGGUCCAAAACCACCAGCACAGCCUGCUCCCCAGGAAGGUUCCCUGCUGACUCUUUGGAGGCGCACUCCUUCUCCUUUCUUGAGGUAGGGUUGGGUCCAUGCAAAGCCCAAAGUGCAAACCUUGCUGCCUUUCCUUGUAUUUCCCUACAAAGGAAAUAAUGAGGCUUAAUGCACUUCAAUUUCUGGCCUGCCCAUUGGCCACUGGGCCUGUGUACAAAGAGUGGAGCAAGGGCAGAUGGGAGCGGUGAGGAUGGGCAGAGCAGCUCUGCUGUGCUCUGGGGACCCCGGGCUAGCAUGUCUGCAUGGAUGUGUCUCAUUGACAUUUUCCCCUUUGAUGAACCAUAGCAGAGGGUGAGAGCUGGCCAAGUCAUCCCCAGGCUCAUGGUCUGGGGAGAAGGGGGCUUUUUUUUUUCUCUUUGGGACAGAGGCCAGUGUGGUUUGCCUUCAUGUAAAAGAGAAAUUGAGGCAGUUGUCUGAAUUGAGAAAAUUGUCCAUCCUCCUGGUCACAGCUGUACUGGCCACUGGUAUCCUUCUAACCUCAAGAGCCCUUUCUUCUUAGUAUUGGUUUAACCAUUUAGCUGCCAUUAUUUACUAACUCGGUAGAAGUGUGAAUUCACUGAUAGCUAAUUGAAAUGUUUUUUUCUUUAAUUCUUGUUAUUCUUGGAUACAUUUAUCAUUUUUAAUAAGCAAAAUUGUUAUCUGGGCCAACCCUUAAUAUGAUAAAGUAAAACAAGACAGUUUUCUUUCAUAGUUAGUGCAUCAGUUGCUAGUAUAAAUUACCUAGGAUUGAAUGCUCAAGUGCUCUUGAUUUGGGCAAUAUUUAACACCUAGUAGGUCUAUAAUAUAUACUUUAGACUUAACUAUGACUCAAAUUAUU